UAUCUCUCCGCUCACAUUUGCCCCUGUGUUGCUAUGAGAACCUGGAGCUAAUUACUAUGAUUUGCAGAUGAUUAGAGGCUGAACAGAGAUUUUGUCAUUACAUUACCACUCACUGGCAGAACCCGACCGUGGUUUCCAGGGAAACUGGAAAUGUGAAGCUUUUCAACACACACAGCCACAGCCUAAAGAGCGAGGAUUGCCUAAGAGAGAUUCUUCUAGAGACAAACCUGUAGCCGCUGCAAUCAGUAUCAAUCAACGGGGGGAGAUGUAUGGACAGAUGCUCAUCUCAGCCAGGCUGGAGGUUUGCGAUGUUUGACCCAAAUCUGACGGAGAGUUGUGGAGAAGCUUCAGUCUGACUUGAACGGCUGAGGUUUAAUGCAGAGGCAGAAUGGGAAGUCUUAAGGACGAGAUGAGAGGUCUAAGAGAAGAUCACCAGCCUUCUGAGAAGACAGACAGCGGCCCUGCACCUGAGGGAUCGCAAAUGUGCACAAGUCAAGAGUCAACAACUCAAGGGGACUAUGAGCCAAAAAUACACGUGGAUGCCAGCUGUGUGGGGGAGAGAGACAAAAAAAUAAUUUCCAAAGAUCUUUCGGGAGUGGAUUUUGGCAAUACCGAUCAAUUAGACUCUAAGCAAGCUAAAGAUUGUACACAGACUGAUGCCAUGGUACCACAGCCUGAGGUCGACAAAAGAGCUACUACACACAACGAAGCGACAAUCACUGUUGAGCUCCAAAGUGAUGGAGACGGAGAUGCCAAAAUUCAGAGGGGAAAGUUGAAGGACAAAGAUGCUGAUCGUGAAAGCGGAAAAGGUGCUGACAUUGAGAAUGUUUUGGUUCCUGUGCCGCAAACUCCAGACCUUUCUGACCCACGUUCCCCAGCUCCUUUUGGUCAGCACCACAUGCGCACACAGGUCAGCCUGGAGGUGGUUCAGUGCCACUCUGCAGCCACCAGUCCCAUGACUCCUCCGGAGGGCGGCCAUUCCUUCUUCUUCCCGAGUUCUUUUGGGAAAACCGAAUGUGUGGGUACAGACGCUAAAGACGCAGACCUGCAGGUGAGUCGCCAAGUGGAGUUCUGCUCUGUGGCCACCUCCCCCAUGACCCCGAAGACGCCAUCGUCCACUGCCUUCCCAGAGCUGAUCGGGAGAGAGGUGGUUCAGAAGGAGGAGAAAACGAAGGCGGGUGAAGAGCCGAGGGAAGGUUUGCCAACCAUGAAAGGUCCAGCAGAAGCGGAGUCAGAAAUAUCUGGAGUUUUGAAGUUUAACACAUCAAAGGAGCUGACUGAAGGCUCAAACCUAUCUCCAAGGAGCUCGGGGAGCCAGGCAACUGACCUGGCUCCUGGGUUAAUGAAUCAGCAGGUAAAUCUGGAGGAUGGUAAGCAGCAGUGUAAGCAACAGAGGAUGGGAAGUAUGGAUCAAGACAUUACGAUCUUGGUCACCCACUAUGGCAACAAUGAGGAGGAAGACGAGGACAAGGUGGAGACGUCUUUUUACUCCAUUGAGCCAGAGAUGGUCAAAAUAGACGAGUUCGAGGAGGAAAACGGCAGCGAUGUGAAGAGAGAAAAUAUCUCCACGGAAACCAUUACUCCUGAACCUGUACAGGACUCUUCAAACACAAACCAGCCACAAAACAAACCUGAAGAGCCCCCGGCUUCUGGUAAUAAACAGCUAAAAACAUGCGCUGAAUCAGAAAGUUCAGGAGAAAACAAAGAGGCAUGUGAAGCUUCUGUGACAAAGCCUCCCGUUCCUGAAUCGCCAGCUCCCUUCGGCUGCCACAACAUCCGCACUCAGGUCAGCCUGGAGGUGGUGCAGUGUCAAUCUGUCGCCACCAGCCCCAUGACCCCUCCUGAGGGGGACCAUGCCUUCUACUUCCCCAGCUCUUUCGGAAAAUGCGGAGCCGUGGGCGUGGAGACUAAAGACGCUGAGCUGCAGGUCGGUCAGCAGGUGGAGUUUCGCUCUGUCGCUACAGCACCCAUGACCCCGAGAACGCCCAUCAUUACCACUUUUCCUGAGAUCAGGAAGGAGGCUAGCAUAGAGGAGAAGAUAGUGGAGGAGGUAGAGGGUAAAAAGGAGGACAAGGAAGAAGUACUCAAAGAGGAGAAGGACGUAACCGAAGAGAAAAAGGUGGGAGCAGCUGAAGAGGACAAAGAGGAGGCAAUAAAUUACAAUAAGUGCGAAGUGAAAGGUGAGGAGAUAGGUGAAGAGAAAGGGGAGGAGAAAGAGGAGGAGAAAUCUGAGGAACCGGUGCAGGAGGUGAGCUGGGAUGAAAAAGGGAUGACGUGGGAGGUGUACGGAGCUGUGGUGGAAGUUGCCGUGCUGGGCUCUGCCAUCCAGAAACACCUUGAGAAACAGGUGAAGAAGCAAAAGGGGCAAUCCUCCUUGCCUCCUCCUCCUCCCCUCAACCCCUCAGCCACGCCCCUCCUUUCAGAGUUAGGCCAAGGGGAUUCUGGGUCUGGAUCAGGUUCAGGUUCAGGUUCAGGAUCAGGUUCAGGUUCAGGUUCAGGUAAGGGCCGGCUGGGGAAGAGAGGGGAGCAGGACGACAAAGUGAGCCGACGCAGAAGGAACCCCUUCCGCCAGAUGAUGGAGAACAUGCAGCAGCCACACUGUUGCUCCAGAGCUCACACGAGUGAGUGACAGGAAAGUGACAAAGCAACGGGUGACGGCAAAAUCGUCAGCGCUGGAAAUACCACACUUGAUAUAUGUGGCUGCGAUGCAGUGCGUUCACUGAUGCACUUCAACGUGACACUGGGUUGACAGUGUGAGAAAGAAAUCCUCACGCAAGACAAACAGGCAGAGAAACAUUUAAUAUGGAGCAUUAAUCACAGAGAAACAGCCAUACGGUACUAUUUUUUUCUUCCCUCCCCCUUCUCGGAUCUUUCUUUUUCAUAAAUUUCCUUGACGUUUUCUAGACUGACAAAUUAAUGGAGUGUGUCUUUGGGGAAAAUGAAAGCGAUGCAUCUCUGUCAUUGUGAACUCCUCUCCUUUAAUGUCCAUUCAGUUAAUCCACUGAGUCAUUUCAGUUGUGCUUUUUUUUUUUUUUUUUUUAAGUCCACCUCAGACAAUAUGAAGCCAUGGCAACCAGCUAUUCUUCCUCGUGGCUGGUAACAAGCUUCUGCAGCUGAAAUAGAGAUUUGGGGUCUGAGGCCUGACCCUGUGCUCUGUCAGUUGAGGUAAAAUCACUUUGACACUUCGACUUAGGAUGUAUGAACUUUAACCUUUAUAUAGAUGUUGCCUCGGUCUGUUCAUAAGAGGAGACUCAAACCUGAAUGCAGGCUUUUGUAUGUCUUAUAUUCUGCUUUUAGAUUUGGCACAGUGUUUUGACUUGUGUUGUGAAAAUUCUAAAACUGUACCAACGACGUGCAUAAUCACGUUUUGAUUUAUUUUUCUUCUUCUUUUUCUUCUUCUUCUUUUUUUUUUAGUUCUUACUUAUUGUACUUUACUGCCAUGAUUAAGUGAUUCAGUUGUAAACUUUGUGUUUUAAUUCAUAGGUUGUUGCAGUGUCAGUGAUGUUGGUGUUCGCACAUUAACUUUGGUCCGAUCCACAUCUGAAGAAAUUGACUUUAUUUACAGAUUGCACUUGCGUAACAUUCAUUUAAUUGUCAGUAAACAGUGAAAUAAUCAUUCUGCUGCUUGUAGGAAGUUACUCUGCAUGAGGUUUUCACGUCGCGCCCAGAGCAAACGCGGAUAAAUUAAACACGCAUUCAAUUUUGGCUGACUCACAAUCAUAAAUACAUAUUUCAUUCAUACACUGACAUAAUGCAGUACUCUUGUUCUUUUUCUGUAGCGUCUGCUGCGACAGAAAUUUGCGUUGUGUGUUUAAGUUAUACUAAAGUUUAAUUCAAGGAAAACCAAACAGUUUUUAAACAGUUGCUUAAUAUGUUAAAUAAAUUAAAUAAAGUGAUUUAAAUGUACAACACA